UCUCGCGCUACUCCAAUCCCGACAGACAAUUAUGAUCAUCUAAUCGGUUUUGCCGGAUUCACCCAACUGUUCGAAGAUCCAUUACCCUAUCAUUGGUUCCUAGAUUCCGAAAUCGAGGCCAGUCGCGUAGAUCUCAACUUGAUCAACUUUGACACCCUAAGACACGAUCUUCAAUUGCCAGAUUCACGUCUUAUGCCUGAGCUUUUCUCCCCUACUCCGUCAAUAUCGACCACUGUAUCGUCUUCUACAGCCACAAAUCAACGGGUCUUAUCCGAGCACUCGUCGUUGGAAGAUUCUUCUCCUCCAAGCGUGGCAAGUGUUGCAACUACCCUCUGCGUCCCACAGUCCAUACCGCAGACGUUGCAGUGUAUCCGCCCUGCACUUCUUCCUUCCAUUUGCAAAGCUCUUGAUCGUUCAAGAACUACCACUCAAGAGCAGCAAUCGACAACCUACACGAAGAGGCAAGGCCACCGAAUUUUCUCCUGCGAUCAAUGUCCUCGGUGGUAUCACCAUGCGAAGAACCUUCGCGACCACAAACAGACGAAACAUCAAGGGAAGCGAUACAAAUGUGACUUUCCUGGCUGCACGAAGACGGUCGCUCAACGGAAAAAUCUCAAGAGGCACGUGAAAAAUAAGCACUCUGUCUUUACCGAGAACGAAGACAACGCGACACAACUGGAUCAACCUCAACAUCUCUCGGAAACACUGAAACUCUGAUAAUGGUAAUCUUCUUCGACCGGUUGGGCCAGUGGCCAGCAUUUCAGGACCUUGUUUUUCUCGAGCUUUUGCUGACUCGAAUGACUCCAGAACCAUACGUACGGCAU